AUGCUGGACCAGAAGAACAUACAGGGAGAUAUUUGGCCUCGUCUGCCCAAGAAGGCCGAAAGAUUUGUGUUCUUUCGAAUUAGCAAUGAGCAAGAGUUCAAGAAAGGCCUGCCAAUGAUGGCUGACUUUCUUACUACGGCCUAUGCUGCUUCCCAGAACCGUGACGAUAUCUACAGAAAGAAAGCGGAUGGUACUCUCAAGGGUAUCAUCCAUUUAGUCUCGAUCAAUAUUGCAUUCUCCUCUAUUGGCCUGGCUAAGCUGAAAGCAGACAAGCUCAACGAUGAUGUCUUCAACGGUGGUCAGUUUAAAGACAUGACUGCCCCGUCGGAGGGUGAGACCGCCGAAGACCACCAAGGCCUUGAUUCCCAGGAGGAAUGGGUUCCUGAGUUUAAGCCCAGCAGUGGUGGCAUCGACGGUGUCCUCGUCGUGGCUGGUGACAGUCUCGAGAGCAUUGAUAAAUCCAUCCAGAAGACAUUCGAUUGGGUUUUCAACGUUGGAAAUGACAAGCAGAGUAUUGAAAAGGUCUACACCAAGACAGGCGUAGUCUUCGACAAUCAUGUUGAACACUUUGGAUGGGUGGACGGUAUUAGCCAGCCCGUUGUCAAAGGCUUUGACGAUAUUUCAAAGAAGAGUGGUGAUAAGGGAAUGACGCCGAUCGAUCCCGGAAUUAUCAUUGUCGGAAACGAGGGCGAUGAGAGCAACCAUCCCGAAUGGGCCAAAGAUGGCAGCUUCAUGGUCUUCCGUAUCUACGAGCAGCUGGUCCCCGAAUUCUAUCAUUGGUGUGCUAUGAAUACCCCUACCGGUGCCAAAGAGACGAAAGAGGCACUGCAACAGGGAACAGCAGUCAAAUGGUCUGACAAGACAUUUGAUGAAAUGGGUUUAUUCUCCUCGCGAUUGGUGGGUCGUUGGCCUCACGGUGCUCCAAUGGAGCUCCACCCCAAGGAGGAUCCGAACAACGGCCUUCACCAAGACAAGGACCCGAAAGAAAACCAGAGAAUUGUCGCACAGAAUUUGGGGCAAGAGGGAUUAGACCGGUUGAAGACUCUGGACCUUCAGAAUAAUACGGAUGAUUUCAACUACAGCGCCAUGGACCAGACCAAGUGCCCUUACGCCUCUCAUAUGCGCAAGACUGGCCCUCGGAAUGAUCAUCCCAAUUACGCCAAGCAUCUCAUGAUGCGCCGGGGAAUUCCUUAUGGAGAAUGGUGCGGAGAUGACGAAAGGAGCCGUGGUACUACAGAACAUGAGCGUGGCCUUCUGUUCGUCAGCUAUCAGAGCAGCAUCGACAAUGGGUUCCGUACGCAGCAAAAACGGUGGGCCAAUACUACCGAUGGCCCAACAGACAUGGCGAAGUACAAUGGAGGUAACAGUCAGGGAAUUGACCCUAUCAUCGGUCAAGUUCACCCAAGUCGGCUUGCCAAGUCUACGGGUGAUCGGAUCAAUUCCAAAUACCAGGACCCUGCUCCUCAACUUCACUUCCCUGACACGGUCUAUGGGGAGGUUGCUCCUCAGGUCUACGACAAAGCAGUUGAUCUGGCCCGGUUAUGUAUUCCUCAUGGUGGGGAGUACUUCUUUUCUCCCUCGAUUUCGGCUUUGAAGGAAUACUUCCCUAGUGUGUAG